GAUAAACAGAUGGAUCAUCUGGGACGGCUUUGUUCAUUCUGGGUUUGAGCUUCUCUUACACUUGAGACGUGUAAGAAUUAAUGACAAAUUUCCCUGCAGUAAUUGGACAUUACUUUUUAUGAAAUUCAGUGCUAAAUGUUUCACACACAGCAGCAAUAUUUGGAAUAUUUAGAGGCAUUUUGAACGGACUGGUAUCACAACACAGAUUUAAGGCUUUACCAUAACUACAGUCCAGCUCUUCAGCCAAAUACCCACGUACCACCAUGGCUAUCAUCGGUGCUGGCUUUGAUGACCAUUCCUUUAGCAGUGAUGAGAGUUACAACCACCUCUUCAUAGACACAGAGAACACUGAAGUCAAAGGCUUGUACUUCCAGCGUGGUCAGCUGCUCCGUGGACGUGAUGCCUCUUGGUUUGUGGAUCCUUCCUUGCGGGCCCUCAUCAAUGUGGGAGGUAUCCGGUAUGCUUUUCCCUGGAGUACUUUGGAAGAUUUCCCCCAGAGUCGCCUGAGUCACCUCCACUCCUGCACCACCCUGAGAGAGAUAGCAGAGUUUUGUGAUGACUACGACCCCUUGUGUCAUGAAUUCUUCUUUGAUCGAGACCCUUUAGCCUUUCAGAUGAUCUUCAACUUCCUGGGCCGUGGGAAGCUCCGCGUGCUGCAGGAUGUCUGCAAUGUAGCUCUGCAUACUGAGCUGCUGUACUGGGGCAUCGAUGUAGGACAGAUGGCACCCUGCUGCCACCACCGCAUGAUGUGCUCUGUGGAUGAGGUGGUGCAGCACCAGCGCAAGGAGGAAGAGUGGAGGGAGAGGAGAAGAGUGAUGAGAGCAAAUGCAGAGCAGGGAAGCUUCUUCCACAAGCUGGGAGAAGCAGUGGAGAACCCCCACUCUGGUUUUGCAGGCAAAGUGUUUGCCUUCGUGUCUGUCAUGAUGGUUGUGGUCACUGUAGUCAGCCUGUGCAUCAGCACCAUGCCAGACCAGCAGCAGCAAGAAUCUAUGGUACGUACCAACCAAAGCAAUGGUGUGCACGACCAUGUAUUUUUUUCAACUUCAAAUAUGAAAUGAGAGUUUGCACUGUGGCACAGUUUAUGAUAAGUAAGGGUCAUUUUGAACUGUGAAUCAUGCAAAGCUACUCUUUAAAGUCCCAUUUAAAGCUCACAGUACGUAUUGGUAUUAUCUGCAUUUUACCAUCCCUGGUACACUAGGUAUUAAGUUUGAACUGCAAUAUUCUAGUGUAUUGCUUGUAUUGCAAUACUAUAGCUUAAUGCUUCAGUCGGAGUGGAAGCAUAUUUUUUUGUUAGUAUUGGCCACUUUGGCCAGUGUGGUCAUUUUAAGGGAAAAUGUCUUAAUGUUGAGGCAGCUGUGACUCAGGACGUAGUCUGAAUUGUCUACAAAUUGGGAUGUUGGUAGUGGUGUGCGGAUCGAUAUUGAAAUAUCGAUUCUUCUGAUACUAGUAAUUUAUGUUCUAGAAUCGAUUCUCAUAUUAAAAUAUCAAUAUUUUAGUACUUUGGGGUAAAUUUGUAGUUUUUCAUUAACAGGAAC